AUGAAGUUCUCUGUUGCCACCAUCCUCGCCCUCGCCGCUGCUGCCGUCGCCAGCCCAACUCCCGGUGGUGGCUGGAACAACUGGGACGACGGCCGAUUCGGCAACGUCUACUGCACCGACCGCAGCGACACCAUCAUCGACAUCGACAUCAACAUCGAUAUCCGCAACCGCAUCGAAGAGUGCGACCGCGGCAGCAUUUACGGUGACGGCUGGUGGGGUGAGGGCUAUGGCCGCGGUCUUCGAUAUGACUGUGAUCAGUUUCGCCGAGGACACAGCAACGUCUACGGCAUCUGGGGCUGCACCCGUCCUUGCGAUGGCUACAUUGACUACGACUACUGCACUCGCUUCGAUGGCGGCUGGUAA